AUGACAGACUCAUUGAAAUUUGGACCUGAAUGGCUUAGAAAUUUAUCCUCCGAAGGAAAUACUGGAGGGGCACCAAAAUAUCAACUGGCUGAACAUCGUUAUGGACGAGAAGAAAUGUUAGCUUUAUUCGAUCGUAAUGUCAGAGCCCCAGAUCCUCUUGUUAAACUUCAAGGUCUUUAUGUAGAAAAGACACAAACACCCAUGGCCUUACUUACUAUGACUGAAGAGGAAACUAGACAAUGGCACAAAGGUAUUAACAGUGAUGUUGUACUUCGUUUGAAUGGUAAAACUCUGGCUGGCCCUCCUGGAGGUGUUCUCAGAGGUAGAGGAGGAUUAAUUGAUAGGGGAAGAGGAAGACUCAGAGGAUCUGGGGGAUUUCAUUAUAGUAGGGGACUCAGUUGUGAAGAACAGUCAGACAACGUUAAAGAUGGUCCACCGGAACGGCCUUUCUCCAGAAGUUUACGUAGUUACGACAGAUCCCAAGGCUCGGAAAGAAGUUGGGGGGAGCGUAAUGGAGGAGACCCGGGAGAUUGGAACGGUUCGACAUCUCCUAGAAAAGAAUUUGUAUCAAUGAAAGAUUUUACCGGAAGCGGUAGAAAUAGUUGGAGAAAAUCGGAUAAAUGGGGAAGAUCAAACAGUUGGAGAGACGAAUCUGAUUCUGGCGAGGGUGGAAGUUUAUCAAAAUCGGCAAGUAGAACAUCGAGUUGGGGAAGAGGUUGGGCUGAUGAAGGUUUACGCGGUCGCAGUCACGAUGAAGACUCUCUUUCUAGCAAAAGAAGCAAUUUCGUUGAUGAAGUUCCCGAGUGGGCCAUGGAAAAUCCUAGCGAAAGCGGUGGAAGUUUCGAUGCGAGUGGAGCCUUUCACGGUGGAAACUAUUCCGACGAAGAAGAGGAAAAUUUUGGUUCGAGAAGUAUAAGGCACCGUUUAUCAGACGAUGGAAAUGUUCAACACAAAACGAAAUCUCCUCCUCGUUCGAAAAAGAACGAAGAUUGUGGUGACGACCCGAACGUCGGUUUAGUGAAAGAUCGUAAACUUUUACGUAGUCAAACGGCUCAGGGAAAUCUAACGGAAUCCCCUAAGCCGUCGUCAUCGUCGUCAUUGCAUUCAAUAUCGAAAAGUCAGAGCAGUUCAAAUUUAAAAUCAGAUUCGUCGGAAAAUAGCAUAACGAUAUCAUCGAAAAGGACGGAAGCGCAGAAUUUUGACAGAAUAAUACGAGUACAACAUCAAAACUUUGUCGAUAAAUUAGAUACAAACAAAGAGCCGAGUGAAAGUGGUGACGUUAAAAAUUCGCGUAAAAAAGAUGAUAAAGUAGUACUGGAACCCAAUGGCGGCGGAGUGAUGAAAGAAACUCUUGUUAAAAGUGAAAAAAGUGUACAUUUAAAUUCUGGAGGACCCGAUGUCAAAGAGAAAACUACAGAUUUCAAUGUCAAUGAUAAUAUAAAUAAUUUAUCGAUUGAUGCAGUCAACGUAGAAAACACUAAAUGGUAUUAUAGAGAUCCACAAGGAAACGUUCAAGGUCCGUUUAAACCGAGUGAAAUGCUGGGAUGGUUUAUGAAUGGGUAUUUUCAACUUUCGCUUUUGGUACGCCGAGAACAAGAUGAAGUUUAUGUUAAACUCGGUGAUUUAAUGGUUAGAUAUGGUACGAUUCCAUUUCUUCCCGGAGUCAAUAUACCUGUGAUCAAAGCACCUGUAGCAGUACUCUCUAGGCCGGAUGUUUUCAAAGAAAAAUAUCAUCAAUAUCAACUUUGGCACGAGCAAUUUUUACUCAGUCAGCAAUUAGCCCUCAACAAGUUAUCACAGUCGGAAGUUUGGAACGCUUUAAAUUCAGUUCAACAGAGAAAUCUUUUAAUGCAGAAAUUAGCUAUGGCUCAACAAUCGUCUCUUUCGAUGGACCAAUUAGCUCAAAUGGAAAAAAAUUCAUUUUCACAAUUGUUAAAUCAAAUGCAACAGAAUAAAAUGCCAAUGCCGGAAGUAAGAGAUAAUAAAAAUAUCGAUCCUUUGCGGCAACUCAUACAGAACAUGAACGUUAUGCAAGCACCUCAACAACCGCCCGUCGUGAAUCCCAUGAAUCCCAUGGGAAUGGUAUUAAACCAUAAUAUAAAUGCUCAACCGCAUAUGAAUCCUGUUCUCGCAAAUAAGGGAAUGAAUCCCGCCGCUCCAUACGUUUGUGCUGAAGAAUCAGAAACGGAAGAUCCAAUUCAAAAGAUAUUCAGGCAGUUGGGGAAAUUAAACGUGGCUAAUUCCCCGGCUCCUGCUCCUUCCGACUCCCUAUGGGGUGCUCCCGGUCGAGCGCAACAUUGGCCGCAAACCAAUCAACCCGCCAACGCUGGAGGGUUACCCAUGUGGGAAAUGAAAACUGAGCAACAAAUUCUUGCCGAACAACAUUUACGCUUAGAAGAAGAGAGAAGGCAAGAAGAGUUACGGAAGCGUAAAGAAGAAGAGGAAGAAGCUGUUAGAAAACAAAAGGAAUUAGAAGAGAAAAAACGAAAGGAAGAGGAGAAAAAAGAAGAAAUGAAAAAAUUGGAAAAGAAGAAAUUAGAGGAAGAAAAAAUUAGAGAAAAAGAAAAAGAGGAGAAAAAAAAGGCGGAAGAGUUGAAACGAAAACAGCAACAAGAAGAAGCGGCACUGAAGAAAAAACAAGAAGCUGCUAAAAAAUUACAAGAAGCGCAGAAAAAAAUGCAAGAAGCACAAAAGAAAAAGGAAGAAAAAGAACGGAAAAAGGAAGAGGAGAGAGAAAAGAAACGACUGCUUGAAGAGGGAAAGAAAAAAGCGCAGGAAACUGAAAAGAAAAAGAAAGAGGAAGAGCAACAACGUUUGAAAAAAAAGCAGCAGCAACAACAGCAACAGCAACAUGAGGAAGAAGAAACUGCCAAGAAGCAAGAGCAAGUUAAAAAACAAACGGAAACUCAUAAAAAGGUACAGCAAGAUCAACAGCAAAUUGAAUCUUUUAAAAAGCCUUUGCCCUGGUGUCAGCCCGCUGUAACAAAUCCUAGCACUAGCCUUUCAGACAUUCAAAAAAUGCAAGAAAAAGAAAAAAAACAGCAAAUGCUUCGCGAGCAACAAAUCGCUAUACAAAAAGCUCAAGAAAAGGAAAUGCAACAGCAAAUGCAAAAAGAGGCCGAGAAUCAAGGGAACAGUUUAAAUUUGAAAUGGGCCGAGCAAAUGCCAAAAGUUAAUCCGAGUGUGAAAAGUUUGGCAGAAAUACAAGCUGAAGAACAAUUGCAAUUGGCAAAGCAAUUAGAAAAAGAACGGUUAGAAAGAGCCCAACAACAAAAAGAAGCAGCUUUAACUGCGAACACGAGCAUUUGGGGGAGUGCCUCGCAAUCGUUGAAUUGGACAAGCAGUCCCGCUCCUUGGGUAGGUGUUACCAAUAGUCAAAAUAACAACGCCGCAUCCGGAUUUUGGGAAGAAGUUGCUCCCAACAAUUCGAAAAAUAAGACGAAAGUUCCAUCAUCUCCUCAAAAGCAAAAAACUCAACCGGCUUCCUCUCAGAAAACCGGCGGCGGCGGCGGCGGCGGAAACAAUUCUGGAAACGCGCAAAAAGGUUCGAAACCGAAAUCAUCUAAUAAAAAAGAGGAAGCUGCCGUCAUGAAGUUGUUUGAAAGAGUCGACGAUGAAUUUACAACGUGGUGUUCGGCAUCAUUGCAAUCCAUUCAAUCCGAUAUCGAUAUUCCGACAUUUGUAAGUUUUCUUCGCGACAUCGAAUCUCCUUACGAAGUUACGGAUUACGUGAAAUGCUACGUUGGCGAGGGAAAAGAAGCUCAAGAAUUUGCAAAACAAUUUUUAGAACGGAGAUCCCGAUGGAUGUCGUCGAAAAGAGGGGGAAACGGAGGAGAUGAAAAUCGUAAUGGUAAAUUUCAAGGUCUCAAUACGGGUUCCCAAUGUCAAGUUAACAACUCCGGUCAAGAAUUUCAAGAGGUUAAAAGCAAAGGAAAGAAAAGCAAAAAGGGAAAAAUGUUAAAAGUCGAUAAUAGAAUUCUCGGUUUCAGCGUGACAGCUGCACCGGAUAGAAUCAACGUUGGCGACAGAGAUUACGUUAAUCACAAUUUAUAA